GCAAAAGUUAGGGAAAUGGAACAAAUUAAAAAUACUAAAAAUGGGUUGCUGAACAUCAUCGUAUGUUUCUAAGAACGGGCCUCAGAAGAUUGCUAUAUCUGAAUCGAGCAAAAUUGAGGAUGAAGCUAUUCCUAUUAGUUUAUCAAUUCCUGCUAGAACCCCGAGAAGAGCACUCAUAGAAGAAGAGGAGAAAAAACUUCCUCCAAGCGAAAGCCAUUCUAUUCGCUUAUGAAACUAUACAAUUGAAAUUUCAAAUUGUUCUGACAGCGAAUCAGACUCAGAAGAAGACUCAGAUGAUAGCUCAAACUUUGAAGAGCCAAUGUACUGUCCUGAAUGAGGCAGGGGCAUUUCUGAUGAGGACGAGCUCCUCCAACACCUCUUUUCGUGAAGAACUCAGGCUGCUCAAAACAUUCAGAAUGAUCAAGAUAUUUCUAAGGCAAAUGCUGAUGAAGCAUCUAAAUACGAUGCUGAGAAGAAAAGGACUUGGUUUAGAGAGAAUAUUGCAAAGCUCAGAGUAAGCUCUUGAGGAGAUACAAUCACUCUUGUUGUUUCCAGAGAUAAUAUCUUGGAAGAGACUUUUAACCAAUUCUCCACAGUUGAUAGGCUGGAUUUUCGCAAAGAUCUAAAAAUCUUCUUUAUUGAUGAGAAUGCUCGUGAUGCUGGAGGAGUCAUCAGAGAAUGGCUAAACCUAGUUACUAUUGAGAUUCUCAAACCAGAGGCUAAGAUUUUUGAAAUGGUAAACAAUAGUGAGGAUACCUUCUACACUAUUCAUCCAGAAGCAACUUAUGGAAUGUGACAUUUUGCCGGUCAGUUUCUCGGUAAAGCCAUAUUUGAAGGAGCACCUCUUGACGGAAGGCUUUCUAAACUACUGUUAAUGAAAAUGCUCUUAAAAGAGCCUAAGCUGGAGGAUCUAAAGCUAUAUGAUGAACAGCUUUACAGCUCAAUCGCUUUUAUCCUCCAGGAUAGUGUGAAUGCUUCAGACUUAUGCAUGAAUUUUACCAUUCUUGAUAAUGGAAAAACUGUCGAAUUAAAGCAAAAUGGAGCAGAUAUUGAGUUGACAAAUGAAAACAAGGAGGAAUAUUCCCGCCUUGUGGUUGAGCAUUAUACAUAUAAGAGGGCAGAAAUUCAAACAGCCGCUUUUACUGAGGCUUUCUUCAAUAUAAUUCCUCAGGAAACUAUCACUGUAUUCUCCCUUUAUGAACUUGAUAAAAUUUUGUUUGGAUUGAAGGAAAUCGAUGUUGAAGAUUGGAAGAAAAAUACAUUUUAUAAAGGUGAAUAUGAGAAAAACAAAAAUCAUGAUACAAUAAAAUGGUUCUGGGAGGUUAUUGUUAGUCUUAAUAAUGAUGAAAAGAGAAAAUUCCUCCAAUUUUGUACGGGCUCAAGGUCUCUUCCUAUUGAAGGCUUCAAAGGUCUCAAACGAAAUAGUAGAACUUUAUGAAAGUUCUCUAUAAAUUCUCUAUCCGCAGGUAGAAAUCUCUUCCUCCGUGCGCAUACAUGAUUUAACUCCAUCGAUCUGCCAAUGUUUAAGACGAAGGAAGAAGUAGAGAGUGCUGUGAGGUUUAUUCUUGACCAAGAGAAGUUCUAUUUUGGACUUUCAUAA